UUUAAAACAGCUUGUUUUCAGCUUCUUCUCAGCAGCUUUUCAGGAACACAAUGGAUUUCUUGAUGUUUUCAGCAACAACUUGGACCUUAAUUGCUUUCUCUGUCACCCUGUUGUUAUUGUACGGAACCUGGCCAUUUAAGUUUUUUAAAAAGAUAGGGGUAUCUGGACCAAAACCACUUCCUUUUAUGGGAAGCCUUUUGGGUUUCUCAAAGGGACUGCUUCUAUUUGACCGUGAAUGCCACGCCAAGUAUGGGGAUGUCUGGGGUUUGUUUGAAGGGCGAACCCCAUUGUUGAUGAUUGCUGACCCUGAGAUGAUCAAAACCAUAUUGGUUAAGGAGUGCUACUCUACCUUUACAAACCGCAGGAUUAUAAUUGGUGAUGGAGGACCUUUGGAUGACGCAGUCACAUCAGUGAAAGAUGAAAGGUGGAGACGAAUCCGCAGCACAAUAUCUCCAUGUUUCACCAGUGGAAGAUUAAAACAGGUUUUCCCUUUAGUUGUUCAAUUUGUAGACAGGCUUAUGGAAAAACUCGGACGUAUGGAUCUGGAAGAGCCCAUUGAUGUUAAGAAGUUUGUUGCACCGUACAGCUUGGAUGUGGUGACCAGUGCUUCCUUUAGUGUGGAGAUCGACUCUAUAAACAACCUCGAUGACCCUGUUCAUGCUCACUUGCAGAAGAUUAUGAACUUCAGAUUUUGGCCUUUUCUUUUAAUGUCGAUCUUUCCCUUUGGGCGUCAUCUUCUGAAGCUCUUCAAAGUUGAGCUGAUGCCCAAAGCCAGUUUGGACUUUUUCUAUGACAUCAUUAAGAAAUUUAAAGACCAGCACACUUCAGAGGAAUCAACUCGGGGGGACUUCCUGCAGGUCAUGAUCCAGAAUGAGAUCCCAGAAUCUGACAUAAAGAGCGAACAUGAACAGCCGAGUAAAGGUUUGACUGAACAUGAGAUCCUCUCCCAGGCUCUGACCUUCAUCUUCGGUGGCUAUGAGACAACCAGCACCACUCUCUCUUUCACCCUUUACAACCUGGCAACAAAUCCUGAUGUUAUGCAGACCUUACAGAAAGAAAUUGAUGCCUGUCUGCAGAAGAAUACCUCCAUCUCCUAUGAGGACCUGAACGAUCUGGAGUACCUGGAGCAAGUUUUCUGUGAGUCACAGCGCUUAGUUCCAACUGCGCCUCGACUUGAGAGACUCUGCAAAAAUACGGUGCAAAUUCAUGGUCUCACCAUCCCAGAGGGAACAUUGAUUGGGAUUCCAGUGCAUUUGUUGCACAUGGAUCAACGAUACUGGAGCUCACCAGAAAUGUUCAAACCAGAGAGAUUCAGUAAGGAGAAUGAGAAGGAUCUGAACCCAUACGCUUACAUGCCGUUUGGCCUCGGCCCUCGUAACUGUGUGGGGAUGAGAUAUGCCAUCCUGGUCAUGAAGAUGCUCAUCGUUCGCAUCCUGCAGAAUUACACCAUGGAAACAUGCAGAGAUACAGUGAUCCCGAUUCAGUUUGAUUGGAAGUUCCAGCCACUGAAGCCUAUAAUGCUGAAGUUUGUACCAAGAAAACAAUGAUUGAUGAGACAAUACGUAUAAUUGAAAUCCAGCUUGGCAUUAAGUAUAUAAUUCAUUCUUUGA